AUGUAUCGCCUUCAAGACACGACUAGUGAUUGGUGGAGGGCCACCAAGAGAAGAGUUUUCCCGGAGGGUACCGCUUUGAAUUGGACUGUCUUCACCGAGAUCUUCAAUGGAAAGUAUUUUUCCGAGACCGCUCAAGAGCAGAAAAUGUUAGAAUUUCAACAGCUUCGCCGUAACCAUAUGACGAUAGAUCAGUAUGAGGCUGAAUUCUCGAGACUCACAAAGUAUGCUCCGAGGAUGGUAGAGAAUCCUUUGGAUAGAGCGAGGAGGUUUCGAGACAGAUUGAGGCCGGAGCUUCGCAGUCGCUUGAUCCCGCUAAACCCGAAAGACUAUGACGAGUUGUAUGAGAGGAGUCGGAUGGUGGAGCGAGACAUGAAAGAGAGGGCUACCGCAUCCGGAUCGCGGUUCAUGCCAACCGGGGACAACCGCCAAUUUGGCAAGAGGCCAAUGAUGGGAAACCGGCGCUUCGUCCCUCCAAUCGGGAGAAAUAAUGGGAAACAGGUGUAUCGGUCCAACCAGAAUCGCCGAUUUUGUGGCGGGAGGCACGGGAAUGGAUCUUGCCCGAGUAGAACGGGAGUGUGCUUCAAAUGUGGAAAAUUUGAUCAUCAUAUAAGGAAUUGCCCGGAGCUAGCCCCGUAA